AUGGCUCAUUUGAAGUCAUUAGCUUUCAGUGCUUUGCUGGUUUCGACCUUUUUUAUGGUUUCCCAAAGCCGAGUGGCAAGAAAAGAUCUGAAUUUGGACUUGGGUAAUGUAGGGCUUGGGCUUGGAAUAGGCCUUGGAUUGGGAGGUGGGAGUGGUUCGGGUGCGGGCGCAGGCUCUGGCUCAGGCUCAGGGUCUAGUUCAAGUAGCUCUAGCUCGUCUUCAUCAUCAUCGAAUUCGGGUUCUGGCUCGGAAGCAGGCUCGUAUGCUGGCUCGAGAGCAGGGUCAGGGUCAAGUGGUAAUCGAGGAGGAGGAAGCCGUGGCCAAGGUUCGGGGCAUGGGUCUGGUUCUGGAUAUGGCGAAGGGUCGGGAGAGGGAUCUGGCAGGGGAAGCGGGUAUGGUGAAGGUGGCGGGUAUGGGUCAGGUUCCGGUGGGGGUAAUGGAAAAUAA